AUGCUGGGAAGACUGCAGAUGCAGGUGCAGGUGCAGGUGCAUAUGGGCGCUGUUAGCUUCAUCCUUCCAGUAAACCGUCUCGACGAUGCAUGCUGCCACUUCAGACCGAGGUAUCAAAGCUCCCUGCGUCCCGCCAUACGAGCACGCAUCCUGCUGCCUUCCCGCGCCCACCAAUACGCCCCUUCCCGCCGACACCUCCUCACCCUCGCCAUCGAAACCUCCUGCGACGACACCUCCGUCGCCAUCCUCGAAAAGCAUGACGGCAAGCUAGACGGCAAGCUAGGCACGCCUUCUGCACGCCUCCACUUCCACGAAAAGAUCACCGCAAACACCGCCCUCUACCGCGGCAUCCACCCCCUCGUAGCCCUCGAAUCGCAUCAAACGAACCUCGCGCGGCUCGUCGACCGCGCGCUUCGAAGCCUACCCGAUGCCGACCAUGCGGCUGUUGGACGCCCGGCUCGAUGCGUGCCUGUACUCGCCGACAGGAGGGACGGGAGCAGGGCCGGCAUAGCAUGGAAGCAAAAGCUGGACUUCGUCUCCGUGACGCGCGGGCCGGGCAUGCGCUCCAGCCUAGCAACAGGGCUGGACACGGCCAAGGGCCUCGCGGUCGCGUGGCAGGUGCCGCUGGUGGCAGUGAACCACAUGCAGGCGCAUGCGCUGGCGCCGAGGCUUGUCAGUGCGCUGGAGCGGGCUGCGACAACCACAGCGGAGGGGACUGGAGGCGGGCAUGCGGGUGCCAAACCAGCGUUUCCGUUCCUCAGCGUGCUGGUUAGUGGCGGCCAUACGCUGCUUUUGGAGAGCAGGGAGCUGGUCGAGCAUAAGAUACUGGCGAGCACGAAGGACAUCGCUAUCGGUGACUGUCUGGACAAAGUCGCUAGGGCUGUGUUGCCAGCAGAGGUUCUCGCGAGUGCAGAGACCACAAUGUACGGCGCGCUGCUCGAGGCCUUUGCCUUUCCGGACGCGGAGUACGCGUACGCGCCGCCCAAAUCCAAGGGCGAGGAACUUUCGGCUAGGAAAACGGACUACACGUGGUUCGUCAAACCACCGCUCUCUGAAUCUCCCUACGGCGCAAAGGCCCACGCGAUGGAGUUCUCCUUCUCCGGUCUCGUGACAUCCGCCGAGCGCUUCAUGGCGUUCAGGUCGGACCCGCUGACCGGACGGACGACGAAAGAGCCGCGGGUUCCAGCGGAGAUUGGCAUCGAAGAACGGAGGACGCUGGCGAGGGAAGUGAUGCGCGUUGCUUUCGAGCACCUGGCCAGUCGCGUCGUGCUUGCGCUCUCACAAGCCUCCGCCAGCACUGGUGCGUCUCAACCCAUCAAGACACUCGUCGUCAGUGGCGGUGUGGCCAGUAACAAAUUCCUGCGGCAUCUCCUCCCGGCGUUUCUGGCAGCGCGAGGUUUCGAGGGGAUGGAGAUACUAACGCCGCCGCCGAGUCUGUGCACCGACAACGCGGCGAUGAUUGCGUGGGCGGGGAUGGAGAUGUUUGAAGCUGGGUGGACGUCCGAGCUGGAAUGUUUGGCGCUGAGGAAGUGGAGUUUGGAUCCGGGGGCAGAGGAUGGAGGCAUUUUGGGUGUUGGAGGGUGGGUUGCCUAG